AUGAGUCAUCCUCUUAGCAAUCCAUGGUCCAUUUAUUCAUUCACAAAUCAAGAAGGAGAAUCAGACUACGUCAAGAUGAUCAAACUCCUCGCAAAAGUCAAUACAGUUGAAGAAUUUUGGCAAGUUUAUUCACAUCUCCAACCAAUUUCAAAUAUUGUAAUUAAAAAUGGCAUUCAUAUCUUCAAGAACGACUCACGUGCUAUGAGAGAAGAUCCAGAAAAUAUCAACGGUGGUUCAUUCUUAAUUCGUAUCACUCGCUUGUCUCCAUUUUUAGGGCCAUCGCUUUGGGAAAAGUUUGUACUUUGCCUCAUCGGUGGCCAACUCCCGCCAGAUGUCAUCGGCAUUACAAUUUCACCUCGUCCGAAAGUUUAUAACUUAUCUAUUUGGCAUCAGACCGCUGAAAGCCCAGAACAGAUUACUGCCCUAUGCCAGGAAAUAGUACGAAUUGUUAACAUCCCAGCUAACUUCAAAAUCGAUCAUUCCCUCAAUAAAGAUAUCGGAGGUGAGUCUAAGGUUUUGGUUAUCUAUCAGGUUAAGGAAGAUCAUACAAUUGAAGUUAAGAAAUAA